AUGCCAAAAGAAAAAUCGAGACAUUCGUCGUCAUCAUCAUCGAACGGCAUCGGAGGUGGUGUUUCAUCACAUUCCGGAGUGAGCAAGGAACAAAAAACACUUCAAGCAAAAAAAUAUGUGGAAAAGGAAAGCAAAAGAAGAUUGAUUGUUGUGUUAGAAGGAUGCCCUCUUGAAGUUGCAAAAAUCGGAGACAAGUAUAAAUUAUUAAACAGUGAUGACCAUCGUUCGUAUUUGAGUAAACAUGGAAAGAAUCCAGAUGAUUACAGACCUGACGUUGUGCAUCAAAGUUUACUCGCACUUUUUGACUCUCCUCUCAAUAAGGCUGGACUUUUGCAAGUGUAUAUGCACACAGUUGAUAAUACACUCAUUGAGGUCAAUCCUCAUACUCGUGUUCCUCGUACUUAUAAACGCUUUGCAGGAUUGAUGGUGCAAUUACUUUUCAAACACAAAAUCAAGGCAGCUGAAACUGAGGCUGUUUUGUUUAAAAUUAUUAAGAAUCCUGUGACGGACCAUCUACCAUCAACGGCGAGAAAAAUUGCAGCAGAAUUUAAUGUGGAACAAGUAAUUCGAUUGGAAGAAUAUGUGCCAGUUUUGUGUAAAAAACAACGAGAAAUGGUCAACAAAAAACCAUCUAACGAUGUUACUGAUGUGUCAGAGGAUGGACCAAUGCUGCCAUGGUUUGCAUGA